UCACUGAAUCUUUGACAAGCUCCUUCACUAGUCUGCUGACAGGGAACCUCCCACUAUCAAUCUCUGCUAGAACAGGACCAUGGCCGCGGUAUCCGUACACAACGUCGUCGUUUCCGGUCUCUCAGCACUGCUCAUAUUCGUUACUAUUUUCCUCUUCACCAACAACUACGCCAAAUCGCCUGACUUCUCCAUCUCCAACGAUCUGCAACCGACACCCACGAUCCAAAAUCCUGAAAACGCCACCAUUGGAACCCCGGUUGUUUCAGUACAAGACGACGCCGUUUCCGCGUUAUUUCCUAGCAACGAAAGCUCGGUUGACGAUGCGAGCUUCCAAUGGGAAUUGUGCCAAGCGCCAGCGAAUGUUGAUUACAUACCCUGUUUGGAUAACUAUGAGGCGAUCAAAGCGUUGAAGUCAAGACGGCAUAUGGAGCACAGAGAGAGGCAUUGUCCGAAGCCAAGUCCGCGGUGUCUGCUGCCUUUGCCAAAAGGGUAUAAGAUGCCGGUUCCUUGGCCGAAGAGCAGGGACAUGGUGAGGCUGAUAGGUUUUGGUAAGAUUUGUUUAUAGUUGUUUAUUGGAUUC